AUGGGCUGCAAGUCUGCUGGAGGGCCCAGUCACACACAGAGUUUAAAGUCACCAGCUAACCCAUCAAGUGUGUCUUUGGCAUUUGGAGAAAAGCUCACAUGGACACUGGGAGAGCAAGCGAGUGUGCAAAUCCUAAAGAUACCCAGCUGGGGCCAUCAGUCGCUAUUGCAGAUGGUUGUUAGACAUGUUAAGGAAGUAUACAAAUUACUACUUUGGUUUAUUAAUUGUCCUUUUUUUUGUCAAAAUAGAUUUUUUCAGACCUUAGUUCACUUGUUAAAGGGAAAUAUUGGCACUGGUCUUCUAGGGCUUCCUCUGGCUGUGAAGAAUGCAGGAAUAGUGGUGGGACCAAUCAGCUUGUUAAUUAUGGGAAUUAUUGCUGUUCACUGUAUGGACAUCCUGGUGAAAUGUUCUCAUCAUCUCAGUACCAAGAUGAGAAAGCCAUUUAUGGAUUAUGGGGAUGCAAUGCAAUAUGGAUUGGAGGUUGGACCUAUUCCUUUUUUAAGGAGACACUCCAUUUGGGGAAGAUGGAUUGUUGACCUUUUCUUAAUUAUCACUCAGUUGGGAUUUUGCUGUGUUUAUUUUGUAUUUCUUACGGACAAUGUUAAACAGGUAGUUCAAGCAGCAAAUGGAACAACGACAAACUGCAACUAUAAUGAAACUGUGGUGCUCUCCCCAACUUUUGAUUCUCGACUUUACAUGCUGUGCUUUUUACCAUUCAUAACUUUACUAGUAUUCAUUCGAAACCUUAAAUACUUGGCUCCAUGGUCUCUGGCAGCUAAUGUUGCCAUGCUCAUCAGCCUUAUCAUGAUUUAUCAGUAUAUUGUAAGGGGAAUCCAUUAUCCUGUCACACUCCCAUAUGAAGCAAGUUUUAAGACCUACCCUCUCUUUUUUGGUACAGCAAUAUUUGCUUUUGAAGGAAUUGGCGUGGUGCUUCCUCUUGAAAAUAAAAUGCAGAAACCAAGAUCUUUUCGUACCGUGCUUUUCUUGGGAAUGAUCAUUGUAACUGUACUUUACAUCAGCCUGGGAACAAUUGGAUACCUUCAGUUUGGAGACAACAUUGGAGCAAGUAUUACUUUAAACUUGCCAAACUGCUGGCUUUAUCAGGCAGUGAAGCUUCUCUACUCAUUCGGGAUUUUCAUUACCUAUGCUGUACAGUUUUAUGUUCCUGCUGAAAUACUGGUCCCUCUGGCAGUUUCCCGUGUAUCGGAAAGAUGGAUGCUGGCUGUUGACCUGCUAUGCCGUACUGGUUUAGUAAUCCUGACUUGUCUGCUUGCUAUCCUUAUUCCAGAGCUGGAUUUGGUGAUUUCUCUUGUUGGAUCCAUAAGUAGCAGUGCACUGGCUCUCAUAUUACCACCAAUAUUAGAGAUAUUUGCCUUCUACAGUGAUGGCCUUCCUUGGUGGGCCAUAGCCAAGAAUAUUAUAAUCAGUAUUAUUGGGUUUGUGGGAUUUGUCACAGGGACAUAUGUUUCAAUCCAGGAAAUUGUGCUUAGGAAUUCCAUAAAGAAUACAUUAAACUUUACAGCCUCUGGAAUUCUUUAGUUGUACACAUUCUACACACCUAGAAAACAUUUUCUGAUGUCUAAAUAAAUCCAUUUUUUGGUUUAAGUAAAAUUAUUAGACUAUCAUAUAAAAAUGAAAUUAUUUUGAGUAUUUAAAAUAUUUUUGGAUUUAUCCUUUUGAUAUUAUAUUUGCAUAAAUAAUGUAUAUGCAAAUGACUGUAUAAAAAAUGUGUAUCAAAGCCAGAGAAGCCAUUUGCCAAAAAAAUAUAUAUUUUUCCACCUUGCCAUAGCCAUUAAUGAGAUAUUUAUUAAUUAAAUUGAUUGUGGAUCAUUCCAUCUAUUCAUAUUCUGAACUCACUUAAUUAUAAAGUUGAAGGGCACUUUUAGCAACAUUUAGGUGUAAGGCAGAACUAAUCCUGGAAUAUGUGCAUUUCCAUCAUGGGUGGACACACACCAACUUGCUGAAAAUAAAAUGGUACAAAGUUACAAAUUACGGAUUCUACUAUAGGUUUCCAGUUUUUCUCUCACAAUGUAUGUAACCACUGGGAGAAUGUAAAAACUCUAAUCAGAAAAUAACUAGGCUGGGAUUCAAACCUAGGCUGCAGCAACUGAGAGGCAACAGUGACAUUACAUCACUGUGUCAAAGAUAAUGAGUCUGCCCUGGUUUUAUCUACCAGUUAUGAUAUCAAUAUUAAUUUUUGCAGUUUAUUUCUUCAAAGAAAUUGUGACCAAAUUUCUGCGCUCAGUAAUGAUUUAUAUUCGCACAAGCUUAUUAAAAGAGGCCAGUAUGUUUUAACACGCAAGGUACUUCAUGAUGAUGAGGUGAACAUUUUUAUUUAAUUAAAAAAAAGAAGUAUUUCUCCUUUGUCAUAGGCAGUUAUAUUCCUCUUUACACCAGUGGCUCAAGAGAUGGCACUGAACAUGCAUGCAUUGCCCACAAUAAUAUUUACAUGCAGUAUGUGCAAAAAUUGGUAAAAGAUUUUUAUUAAUCCUAGAGCAGUGCCAUCUCUGUGGAGAGACUAUUUUUGAACCUGCUAGUUACAAUAAAUAUUUUAUGCAUAUUCCAUGUAUGUAUAAAAUAUUGUGAGUUUCAAAUGGGCAUAUGCAAUGAAUUUUUGUCUGUAUUGAAAAUGUUAAAAUUAAUUAUAGUUUCAA